CGUCUGUAAAGCUGUCUGCUAAAAGAUAGAGGGCGCUACUAAAACGAUUUGGUUUGAGGCUAAAAUGCAGGUGCGCCGAUCUCAAAACGAGGCUUAUUUACUUGUGUUUUUACGUUGCUAAUCACGACAGGUGAGAAAUUUUUUGUUUACAAGUAGAAUAUUAUCGAAUUCCACGAGUUUUAUGAGAUAAAACAUCGUAUUCACGAAAGGAUUAAACUUCAAGAAUACAUUUUCGUUGAAAUAAGGAGAAAGGAUGUCCUCGGGGUCGUAUUUUCGGCGAAUUGCCGAUGGGGACACCAGUGGUUUUCCUUCAAUUCGAAGCAGGGGAAGUGCUUUGGAUAAUGAGAUCAAUGGAGACAGGCAUGUGAGAUUUGGAAGUGCCCCAGCACUGCACAGGGCCAGGGCAGAGAGCCCUACUAUUUAUAGAAAUGGAAACAGACCUGACUCUCCAUCAUCAAGUCGCAGACUUUCUGAGAUGCAGGAUCAAAUGAGAAUGUUCAAAGAAGAACUGAGCAAGAAAGAUGCCUUAAUUACUCAACUUUCAAGUGUAAAUACAUCAAUUAACACAGGCCUGAAUGGUUCAAGAGGAAUAGAUGCAUUGAAGGCAGAGGCACUAUUGAAUGUAGACCGCCACGUUGCAGACAGUGCACGCAGCGAGGUUGCCACACUUCAUGUUAAAGUUGAACACCUUCAGAAGCAACUUCGUGAUGCUGCAUCUGAACUUGAUAACAAAGACAGCGAAAUCAGGAGUCUCCGUAAUGAGAAUUCAGACCUUCGGGAAGGUGACGUUAGGAAUAAAACCCUCAUCCAAACUCUCCAAGACCGAUUGGCUGCCGUUGAAGCCGCUGCAGGUAACCUUGAAGGUGCAUCAAAUCGCAGUGAGAUAACAAUAACAUCUCUACAGCGAGAAAACAAUGAGGCAAAGGAGAGAAUCCUUGAGUUGGAAGGAAGAGUUAGGACACAUCUUGAAGAGCGUGAAAUAGCAGAACAAGAUAGGAAUACCUGGGAGAAGAAGUACUCUGAUUUGGUCGCCUCUUUUAGCUCUGUGUUAAGAGUUGAUGAAAUCACUGGGUUCGUCCCUGCUUCUCCUGACACAAUGGUUUCAAAGCUUUCUGAGAUAGUCCAGGAAAAUGCCAUACUCAAAGGCAAAAUGGUCACCCUCCAAGAAGCCCUCCAAAACACUGAACUUGAGACGAAAGCUAGUCGGGAAACCAUAAUGAGGCUUGUGUCAGAAGUCGGCCGUGAACAAAAAACUUACAAACAUAUCAACUCUGAUGUCACCAAUAUGAGAGUGGAACUUGAUAAUGCAUUGGCGUCCCGAAUUGACCUAGAACGGGAAAUUGAAGCUCUGAAUGAACGACUUGAAGCAAGUCAAAGAGCAUGGCGUAACGCUAGAGAUCAACUCGAACAUCGAGAUCUAAAUAUGUCUACACUAGAUCGAGAGAUCAAAGAAAAAGACUACAGGGCUCGUGAUGCUUUCACACAGUUGACGUCUCUGAAGGAAUCUUUGGUGUCCAUAUUGGGUGAUCGUUAUGGACAUGGGCAUGGGGCCCCAUGUGAAGAUGUAAUUAAAGAUAGAAUUAGGAGUCUUGUUACAUCAGCAAGAGAUAAAGAUGCUAACAUUGACAUGCUAGAACAAAAGGUCCGUAAUUUAACAGAGCAAUUGGAGAGACAGAUUGAAAUGCAGAGAUCAGCGGAACGUAAAAUCCGUCAUGCCCAAAAUGAUGCUGCAGAUAUGGAAGACAGACUCCAUCAUGCAGAGAAUGAUAUUGCAGCCACAGAUGCACUCAAGGAUGGGUUGAGAACUGACAAACAUAGGUACUUAAAAUUCAUGGAGAGAGUUGCGAGUGCAAUGAAAGUCGACACAAUCUCAGCUGAUGUUGGAUUUGACAUGAGCGGUGAUGCAAUCAUCGCCAGGGCAGAACAGCUUCAGCGCAUGGAGAUGGAUGCCCUUGCAGAUAAAACCACACAUGUGUAUAACCUACAGAGGAAGAUCAAGAGCUUCAAGGAUCAACUUGAGAGCAAAGACCUACAUAACGAUCUUCUACGCAAGAAAAUUCAACAGUUGGAAGAAAGGGUCAUGGGACGGUCAGAGCUAGAACGGGAAAAAGAUGAUGAAAGUCUGCGAUCGAGAAAAUUGGAGAAACUAGUGGAGAAAUACAAAAUGCAAAUAAAUGAACAUCGUCAGGAAAUUAGGGAUCUAAAAGCCAGACUCAUGGACAGUAGUAACUAUAGGAUUGAAACUCUUGAGGCUAGCAAAGAAAUUGAAACCCUUGAAGAGAAAGUUCUGAGGCUCGAGAGAGUACGCCAAAAACAGGCGAAGAAAAUCCAUAAUCUCAAACAAGAUAUCGACAUGGUUGAAGGGGAGAAAGUUGGUACCAGCCAAACAGCAGACUACACGAUUGGUCAGUUGAGCAGUGAGCUCGCAACAACCAAGGCAGCUCUUGACGAGAUUACAAAACGGGAGAGGCAGCUACUUGAUAUGAGAUCUGUGAUAGCACGUAUGCUUGGCUUAGAAGUUAAUUCCCUUGCGGUGCCUGACUAUGAAAUCAUCUCACGACUUGAGAAACUUGUUUUGGCCAAUAAAACCCAUGCCUUUACAACAUUGACUCUAGAUAGCGCUCUUGAAGAUAUGGAAGAUGGAUUUAAGUCUGGAUACGUAGAAGCAACAAGGACAUUGGGAACUAGGAGUAGGAGUCCUAGCCCACAUAGAUCAAGAACAAGGACAAGGUCAAUGUCACCUACACGGCGGCGAGACCCGAGGCAAUAUUAAGACAAAAUCAAUAUUUGUGUAAAUUCUGUAAAUAUGUGAAUAUUUGCUAUAAACUUUAAAUAUAUAUGUGAAUAUGUAUUAUAGUUGUAAUACAUCUUGCAAUAUUGUGAUAUAUCUUUAUGCUUUUAUGCAGUUUUCUGCAGCAGAUAAAAAUUGAGAUUUUUGUUCAUAACUAUACUGUACAGUACAUAUAGAAGUAGACUGGGAGAUGGACUGAACUGUGACCAAAUAGAUAACUUUGCAAACCAUUCUUAAAAUUGUGGUAUUUAUUGUUAUAUUAUCACAGUUAUACUUUUUGAUAGAACUAUAGUUUAGAUGUUUCUACUAGAAAUGUGAAUUUGUAAAUAUUGUCAGUUUCAAAAUUAAUAUAGUUUCAAAAGCAGGGUAAAAAAUCAGAGAAUAUAAAAUAAAAUCAAUUGUAACUAGUCUAAAUAUUAGUCCUACUUAUUUUUACAAUCAUGUGCUUUAUAUUUCAAAGAUAAUCUGAAAAAAGAAUGGCACAUUGUACUAAAAGAGGUGCUUGUUUGAUGUAAUGUAGUACCAUGUGUUAUAUUUAAAUACCUUGAAAUCAAAUCAGAUUAUACAUGUAAUAUAUAGUUACAUGUCCCGAUAUCUCCCCCUCCCAUUUUUACCAUAAGUGUGGGGAAUGAAAUGCAAGAUAGUAAGACAAAGAGAGAAAGGCAGAAACUUGAUGUGAAGAUUAUAUUCUUGAUUCGACGUACGUGUUGCAUAUUUGGUUGGCUCUACAGUUAUAAUUCUUAUGCCAAAGAUCACUAUUAUGGAAAACUGACAUAUGACCUUUUCUCUAGUAAACAAAUGCUUACAAUCUUACAAUGUAUUUAUACCAUAUACCAUAUGGUAUAUUGUAAUGAAAUACCAUAUGGUAUAUUGU